GUUGAGCUUCUCGUUUGCAUGGCUGUGCAGGAGUAGGGCAGUGCGGCGUGCGGGCGCUGCAGCCGCUGGCGGCGAGGCAGGAAAGGGCGAGGGCUGGUGGUGGUGGUGAUGGCUGCAGAGUUUUAGGAGAGAGAGCGUAGUUGUUUCUUGGGAUAGCAGAAACGCGGCUUGCAGCUCUUAGCAUGUGAAGGGGCCAGUGAGGAGCAAGCAGGAGCGUGGCUGUAUGGGCGUGAUCCGUCGCUUCCCUCGCGUGCUGCUCCUGAGUCAACUCCGUCUCUGCUCUCUGCAGCUUUUCCUCACUCAGGUCUGUGUUGUAUCUAUUUCCAGGAGAAAAUAUGAUGUUCAGAGCAGCAAGUCAGAGAAGAAUUCAGCUUUUUCAAAGGCUUCCCUUUCAGAAGUAGGACUAAGUUUGAAAGAGCCUGAUGUACCUACAAGUGUGUGCAGACUAAGAACUGACAGAAGUUGCUGGAUCCAGUUGCAUUUCCUUGGUCUUAUGAGUAAAUGCAUUACUAAAAGAGGAAGUAAGAACAGCGAGUCAGCACCAUGUGGCCAUUCUGCUGUCUUUGAAUGGUUGAUGUGUUCCAGAGAUCUUUCUGGUAAAUGUCUUGGGAUCAUUCUGCAAGGUCUUCAUAGAAGUUCAGUUCUGGUCACAAAGUUGUAUUUGGAUGCUGCAGUUUCAAGAAGACUGAAACAUCUCCGUAAAAUCUCCUUGGGACAUGUGACAGAUUUGUCAUAUGUCCUACCACAAUGCUAUUGUUUCACUCUCGUUGUUUGUAUGGACACAGAAAAAAGCAAUGGAGAAUUAUGCAUUUGGUUUUGGUACCAGACUUCUGAUUGUUGCACUCCUGUCUAGUUAUUCUAUCUAGCUGGUAUAUCAGAUAUCAGACAUUAUGAUAUUAAACUCUGUGUUUGUAUUUAAUAUCCAAAAUAAAAU